AUGACCACUAAACAGGCGUCGUUGGGCAGAGGGAAGGUGGUGGCGGAGAGGUCUCGUGCGCGGAAACGGCUAACAACGCAUUUCAUACACAAUUACCGACGGCACCCUGCGACAUGGACAUUCACACUUCUCGUUCUCCUCACCCUCUUCGCCAUGUUUCCCCCCGCCCGUGGGCAAUACUCAAACUCUGACACCAAGGACAGUGACACCGUCGCCAUAACCGUCGCCGUACGAACCCAACGGGACCUCUCGCUCUCACUCCCCGCCAACCGCGCCUCAGGCGCCGGACUCGUCCUCGACCCGCUCGUGCUCAACGGGAAUUACACCCUCACGGCGUUCGCGCAGACGCAGCGGCUGCUUUCGGGAUUGUUUCGUCGUAUUGUGUUGGAUUUGUAUUGGGAUAACCGUCGGAAGGCGUGGCAGACGUGUCCGGUGGCGUACUCCGACUCCGUGUGGGAUGAGGCGAUCAGAUUGGGAGCGGAUGCGGCGAUGGCGAAGGAGAUGAGUAUGGGGAAUGAGACGGCAGGCACGGUGGUUUCUGCGUUUCCGACGUGGCUGGCGUCGCAGGAGAACGGGGGAUCGCAGAAUACCGUCCUGCAACUCAUUCUGAAUCUACAUGAUCUGGGAACCACGUACGACGCAUCCAUCACGCCCGGCUCGACACGGAACCUGUCCCAAACCAUCUCGUCAAACAAAGUCUACACUCCCGUGAUGCUCAAAGCCUUCCGCGACAGCAACGCGACCGACUCACCCUACCACACCAUCCCGCCAAACACCGACCCAACCCUACCCAUCGCCGCCCGCUGGCCGCUCGGCAAAGACCUCGUCGCAAGCGGCACCCAAGUCCUCAUCGCGUUCGGAACCAACAACCUGAAUGCCACCUCCGGCUACGACACCACCGCCGACGCCGACUUUAUCUUCCCCGCGGCCGAAAUGUCCGGCAUACCCCCCCUCACCACCGCGGAUAUCUACCCUGGGUCCCAACUCACAUCCUGCGCAAACCCCGGGCCGGGGAUCGCGAUGCUCGGCACCGGGUUCGAUCUCGCCAACCCGAACUUCACCGCCUCCGCCGCUCAACUCGCCACCUCAACACGCAACAUCUCCUUCUCAUGGCCGUACGUCGCGGAAUCGACCGCGAAGCCUUUUGACCAGGCCACGGUAGAGAGAAUAUUACAGUGCGGGUUUUUCCCGCUGUUUAGUGUGGGCGUGCCGCAGCCGCUGGUGCAAGCUAGUACCUGGUCGUGGGAGGCGAAUCAGCCGGCUCAAUGGAGGGGUUAUGAUUGUGCUGUGAUGGAGCGGGAUACCGGGAAGUGGACAGUAGACCGCUGCGACACCCACCACCCCGUCGCCUGCCACCUCACCACCCCCAACCACACCCUCUCCAACCCCUACACCUGGUACAUCCACCCCACCCCCCUCCCCUUCACCUCCGCCACCACCGCCUGCCCCGCCCCCUACACCUUCACACCCCCCGAAACCUCCCCUCAAUCCCACGCCCUGCACACCCUCCUCCUCUCCACCCCCCACACCCACAUCUGGAUCUCCCUGCACCAGCCUUUACCGACAUGCUGGGUGAACGGGUUGACGGGGAGUUGUCCGUAUACGGUGACGGACGAUAGUUAUCAGGCGUAUGUGGGGGCGACGCUGAAGCAGGGGAUUGUGAUUGUGGUGCUUGGGGCGGUUUUUGUAUUCUUUAGAUGUAGGAGGCAGGUGAGGGUGGCGAGGGGCGCGAGGAGGAAGGCGGAGGUGGCGAGGAUGGUUAGGGGCGUGGAGGUUGUUACUGUGCCGGUAAGGCUUUCUCUCGGUCAUGGGGGAGGGGUGUGCGAGGGUAGCGUGGGCUGA